AUGAAUCCAUCAUCUCCACAAUCGAUUUCCCAUUCCACCGUAGCGCCAGACUCACCCACCCAUUCUGCGGGCCUCUAUAACUUCGAAGAUGGUUACGACUACAUCUCGGAACCCAAUGAGAACCUGGUCUGUCCAAUUUGCCGGAACCCGUUUAUAGAACCAGUCAUGUGUGAAUCCACCGACCACAUCUUCUGUCAAUCCUGCCUUAUCAAGUCACUGGAGGUCUCUGCAACAUGUCCGAUUGACCGACUGCCACUAUCGCUCUCAUUGAUUGUGCCGGCCCCCAAGAUCAUCAACAAGCUUGUAGACGAGCUACUAGUGUCCUGUCCGCUCAAGUCCAAACUCGGCUGCUCCUUCGUCUGCCAACGGGACCUCGUCCUUAACCACGUCCACACCCAUCAGGCUCAACUUGAUCAUGUGGUUAUCAAUCCAUCCCUUAAUCCACAGCAACCCCAGGCUGCAGCACCAUUGCUGGAUUCAAACAUUUUUCAGCGAUCAGUACUUGACCAUGUUAACUCAAAAUCUGGCCUGUUACGCUUUCAAUGGCUCAACAACCGGGCAACCUUGGUUUCCAAAGCUCAGGACCCAACCCAGGUGCGAUCCGCUACCGAUUUAACACGCAAUGAAUCCAAGUUAAGUCGCUGUCCAUGGGAGAGAUUUGGAUGUUCUUUCAUGGGCACACCUGAAGAAAUUGCCCAGCAACAUCUCUCUGUUGCUUCCGACGUGCCUGUCACGUCCGAUGUCGCCCGCUGUCGGUUUGCCUCUAUCCAAGAGAUCAUGUAUUGGUUUGAACACCUGGAGGCAAGGAACGUUGAGCUGAAGGGGCAGCUAUCACAGUCCUUGGUUCAGCAGGGGCAACUCACCUCCGUCCUGGAUAAACUCAAGGUCAGCUUCCGGCAGCUCUGGAGUUCCCAGAAGACGACUAGUGAGGGCGCAGCUUCGCCGCUGGUCACGGCUUCAGGGCCCUCUCGCCCUGGAGAUCUGCACCGGGCUUCGAUCCUCUCACGACUAGAGAUCCCAGAUGGCUAUCCGUCAGAGGCACCAUCGCCUGAGCACUCGACGGAGGUCAGUCCGACGCACCAUCUGAGCGAUGAUCCGCCCUCGACGAGCGGCUCCCGAAUGGCAUAUGGCGUUAACGGUGCGCGUCUUCGCCGCUGCGAUGACCACCCGGUCUCAGCAAUGUGCGCGGGGCGGUGUGCCCAGUUCUACAGCCCGAUCGGCUCGCCCGCAAAGGUCAAAGUCAGGGUCAAGACUUUCCUCAGACGAGGCGAGAUCCUCACGCCGACUACCGAAGAAAUACCUCACGAGUUUCCCGACGCCAGCGCCGAGGCUCCUCUCCCCUCAAAAAUUACAGCCACUCCUGCAGGCCUGGCUAGCCUCUCCAGCUCCCAUUCUAGUCUUAAAUCGGGAUCGCCCCCGGUCUCUGAAACCCACACUGACCCUAGUGACCUCCCUAAGAGAAUCUCAUGGUGGUAG